AGAGGCGGGACUUCCGGUAGCGCAGGUUGGACAUAAAGUGACAGACUUCACCUCCAUAAAAUUGGAAGAAAAGCCGAAGGACGACGCGGUACAAGUCAUAAAACAAUUGUAAUGGUUUUCAGACAUGGACGACAUAAACCUUCAUUAUCGCUUUCUGAACUGGAGGAGACGUAUUCGAGAAAUUCGAGAAAAUGAAGUACGAGCAGUGCGAUAUCGGGAGCGACUCAAGAGGAUGCUGAGAGAUGGAGACAUACUCAGGUAUCGUGGGAAUGCAGAUGAAGUUGGCUGCUUCGUGGCAGCCAGACCGUUGUCAAAAAGGAACCGCUAUUUUGAAGUGACUAUCCUCGAUACAGGAGUAAGGGGGAUGAUUGCUGUUGGUUUGGUGCCUCAGUUCUACAAACUGGACCAUCAGCCAGGCUGGCUCCCACAUUCUGUGGCUUUUCAUGCCGACGAUGGCAAGCUGUAUAAUGGCAACACUGUAGGGCAGCAGUUUGGUGCGAAAUGCAGCAGAGGUGACAGAAUCGGCUGUGGGAUAUCUUUGGACUCUGACGAUGGACAGUUAACAGUAUUUUUUACCAAGAACGGGCAUGAAGUCGGCAGUGUUGACAUCCCAGGCUCUCCUGAUGCUCUUUACCCUGCAGUAGGGAUGCACUCACUAGGGGAAGAAGUGCUUCUGGACUUGAAUGCUGAAUGGGGAGGAGUGGAGGAGGAUGAUGGACAAAUGAUAGUUGAUAGCCAUGAAGAGUACUGGAGCCGUCUUCAUGACGUCAAAGUGACUGGCACGCUGCUGGAGUACGUUGGCAAAGGGAAGAGCAUUGUGGACGUGGGCUUGGCUCAGGCCCGUCGACCUCUCAACACUCGCUUCCACUACUAUGAGCUGGAGAUCACAGAUGCUGGAGAGAAAUGUUACAUUGCCCUGGGGCUGGCACGCAGGGACUACCCAAAAAAUAGACAUCCGGGUUGGAGCAGAGGAUCUAUAGCUUAUCAUGCAGAUGAUGGAAAGUUAUUCAACGGCAGCGGGGUUGGGGACCCGUUUGGACCCCGCUGCUUUGAAGGCGACAUUAUGGGCUGCGGUAUCAUGUUUCCUCGUGACUUUAACCUUGAUGGUGCAGAUGACGCAGAUGACUGGGAACUUGGUGUGGUUUCUAAGCCCAGUGAGGUUCAAAAUGAAUUGUAUGCAAACAACGAAGAUGACGAGGAGGACGAGGGAGAGGAUAUAGAGGGGAGGAAGGUCAUGGUGUUUUUCACCCGAAAUGGAAAGGUGGUGGGCAAGAAGGAAGUGGCUUUACCAGUUGGAGGUUUUUAUCCCACUAUUGGUAUGAUGAGCACUGGAGAAAAAGUCAGGGUGGACCUGCACCCCCUCAGUGGCUGACUGGUGAAAUCAGAGCAAGGACAAUUGAUUGUGCUCUGGUAUAUUUUGGAGAUCAGGCAAUAAAUGAUCCCUCCGUGUCAACAAGCUCUAAAAUGUCGCUCUAUUUUAGGGGUGGAUGAUGUCUCCUUCAUGGUGUAAGAAUCACUUAAGAUGCUGGCAAAAUGUUUUAUUAAGACUGAUCAGCAUAAUAUGUUAAUAUUACAUUUGUGCCUAAAUAAUGUGCUUUACUAUGAAUGAUUUUAUACUGUAAAGAAUCGGUUGAACCAAUCAAAGACUUUUAAGGGUAAAAUACUUUUUUUUUUUUUUUUUUUUUGCUCAAAAUAUGUUAAUAAAAUGCCAAAAAAGAGGUCUCAUUUGAGUAAUGAAUGUAAAAAUCCAAAUAGAGCAGACUUCAGCUAGCAAAUGGACCUUAUUCUACAUCAGCAGUUGUAUGAAUCGGCUGAUGUUGGUGUAAUUUUCACAGCCUGCAGCCAUUCUGCACUCUGAACUCCUACUGAUGGUGUAUUACUGACACUCAGUGGUGAGAAAGCUCAGUCUUCCAAAGGACAGCGAGUUUAGUCUGAGGCCAAGUCAGUUUAACUGUCUGCUUUACUGCUGUGGUUCAGUGAACGUGGCUGCUCGCUGACAUGAAGUCACUUCGUAAAGUUGUCAAAGCAUAUUUUGCAGAAAUGGUUCCAGCCACAUACACGGGAAAUUAUGGGGUUAAGCUUAAUCAUUUGUUGAAAUGAAUAUUAUUUUUAUGGCAGCUACUUUUUAUUUGCCAUAAACAGUUAUGAAAAGCAAAAAUCCAAAUGAAGGUUUGAUUUUAAAUGUAGGUGAAACAGUUGUGCUUUAGAUCUGGUGUGAUUUAAUUUGUCAAAACCUGCAGGUUAUAACCACAAGAUAUGUGGGGUGAGUCUAAAAGAUGCGACACAAACCAUUUGCAUUCCAUUGACACUCAGAAGUCAGAUGUUAAAGCUUGGAACGAUGUACCACCCGAGUUGAUUCUAAUCCAGUUACCAAGUUGUGAAGUUAGUGGGAUUUUCUCAGACUAGUUUGUAACAGUUUGGACAAUACCAUAAAUGCAAAUGAUUUUACUAGACUCAAAUUAAAUAGGUGCAAAUGAGCUGUAAAAUACUAAAGCUUUGACCACAUUUAAUGCAAUUGUGUGGUUUUUGUGGUUUGAAUGAAUGGCCGUUCAACUUCGUUACUUAAAUAUCUGGUUUGAAAUCACAAGGAAUUCUGUCUUCCCAGUUCUAAUGGAAUUCACCUUUUAAAUCAUGUCAAAGGAAGAAAAAAAAACUAACUUUAAACCUUCAAUACUGAGGUAACAGUCUGAGCUAUUAUGAUUAUUAUCUGGGCUUUAAAAUUGUUUUCCAUUAUAGAGAUAUUUUUGUUCUCCAUACACAUUACAUGCAAACUAUGAACCUGAAAAAUUCUAAACAAUUACUGAUUUUUACUUUUUUUUUUUUUGUUUGUUUGUUUUUUGGGGUGGGGGGGGGGUGUUUUUUUAAUAUAUAUACAUAUAUAUAUUUGAAUAUUUGGUUGAAGAUCUGGAUGUUGAAACUGAAGCCAUACUAUAAUGAUUGCUUGCUGCUCUCAGGUAUAUUUGAAGAUCAGAAGUAUUGGCCUUCUCUGUGGUUAGGUAAUUUUGUGUAUUUUUUGUGUAUUCAGUUAUUGUUUGCCACAAACUGUUUUGUUUCUUAAUUCUAUUAAUUUAUUUUAUGUUCACCACUAUUUUUUACUCUCACAAAUUUGCAAACCCCCUGACCCUCUAAAAAUCUUAGUAAACUUGUGGAUGGUUUGUAAAAGUAAAAUGACACCAGAUUUUAUCCCCCCUACCUUUUACUAGAAUGUAAAAGUUAAUGGGUCUGCUCUAUGCAUCAGGCGUUCAUUCAUCACUUCUAGCAGAUUUUCUCUGUGCAGUUUUUUAUGUUAUCUAUAAGAAUAUGGCAGUAGGUGUUAAGUUCUAAUGCCAACUGCAUUUAAAGGCUUGUAACUGUUAUUUCCUGUACUGUAUAUUAUUUUUUAUCAUCUAUAAUGCAAAAUGCUAAAAUGCACGUUAGUGUAAUAAGUACACUUUAAAUGAGAAUACAGAUGUCUUAAAGAGCUGGACUGCUUGUUAACAGAAGAUAUAACAAGCAAAGUUCAGUGUGAAACGUCCACUCUGGACCUUUUAUAAAAUAAAACAUUUGGAAAUACAUAUUGGACUUAAAAUGUUCCAUCUGGAAGAUUAAAAGAAACAUGACUGGAUCCGUGUUGGACUCCAAGCUAUGUUGGAAGAUUUAUCUAUAUCCCCUGUUUGUUAAACUCUGCUUCAUUUUAAGCCGAGUUGCUGCUAUGUACCAAGAACCAUACUGGGCAUAAAGUCACAGCCUGUACUGUAGAAUGUGUAUUUAUGGUUGGUUUUUCAGUUUUCUGUCAUAGUUUUGGUGAUUAUACAUCUCAUGAGGUAAGCGAGGUCUUCUGCUGUCAUUUUGCAACAUCCAUAUCCUGCCUGCAAAUGCAUCCUUCCUUGUAUGUUUUUCUUUCAUCUUGACUUAUCUCUCUACACUUUAAGCAAUCAUGCCAAAAAUGUUAAUAAAUAUUUAAACUUG